AUGAAAGACAUGAUAGUUCCAAUUAUUGCUGGAAUCUUAUCAGCUUUAAGAAGGGUGAUUGCACGACGUGUUUCACUCAAGAAUCAACUGAAAAGAAGGUUGCAUGCUGUAACCAUAACCUCUGCAACAUGUUUCCUUUUUCCUGUGGCUAUGUGGGACUUCAUCACAGGAUCAACUUCUGAUAAUACAAGUCAACUUCCAUUUUCGGCUUGGGCAUUCGGGAGCUUUAUUCUUUUUGGAGUUAUCUUGAUAUUCUACGUUGACAGCAUAGCAGAAGAAAGGCUGCAUAUGGUUUUCUCUUCUCCAAGGCACUUAAUGGUGGCCGGAGGUUGUAUGAUUAUCCUGGAGAUUUUCUAUCAGAUGGACUUCUCUCUGCCCGGCUUCUUAAUCUGCUGCUUAAUUCUGGGUUUCGGGAUCUACGAGGCAACAGCUUUGGAGCGUAGUAAGAAGGGAACUGAACACUUUGAUCCGUCAGAAGAAAUGUUCGAGGACAUGAAGUCUCCUCUCCCAACUUGA